AUGAAAUUAUAUGUAACAAAUGCAGCUAAAAUACAAACAGUUCUUCAAGAAUUGCACAUCAUUAAUAUAAAAAAUUCAUUUGUAUCAGGUUUAAAAAGUCUAUCUAUUCAAAAAAAGUUAUUAGGGGCUACUACAGGCAAUGCUUCUAACAGCAAUACAUUUCUUAGAGAACUCAUAACUAAAGUUCAUGCAUCUCCUCAGAGAUGUGAAAAAUUAAGUUACUUUUGUAAAUUUCAUGAAGUCAAUAAUUUGAAACCAAUUUUAGAUGUGGCAGCUCAAUGGAAUUCAACAUUUGAAAUGAUUUCAAUAGCAUUAAAAAUGAGAACAGAAAUAUUAAUUAAAAAAGCAGCAGAAAAGAGCAAAGAAAAAUUAUUAGAGUAUUAUAAUAAAACAAAUGAAACUUAUCUUAUUGCAACUAUUUUAGAUCCAAGAUUUAAAAUAUUAUAUUAUUAUUAUGAAGAAAAUGAAUAG